GAUUGUCCUGUAAAAAAUCCAUACUUCCCUUCUCUUUCUUCUUUCGAUUUCCUUUGUAUUCAUUAAUAAUUUAAACCAUGCCCCAACUAUAUGCUUCUUUCUUUGCCUCGGUUUCUUCGCUGUUGUCCUAUAAAUAAACCCAAACUCAGUUCUUUGGCGUACCCAACAAUUAACAUUUCAUUUUUGGUUUCUGGAUUUGUUUGCUGUCUUCAAGAAUGGCCAAUGCUAUGUUGCACCAAUCAGUUGGAACUCUUCAGCUGCUCGGAAAUUCCGGAACUCAUUGCGAAAUCCGGAAUAACUCGGUGAAGUUGAUUCCCAAAGGUUUUAAGGUUGAAGUUGGGGUCUCAAAGAGAGGGAUUUAUAGUUCUGGAGAGGGGAAACUUGGUGUGAUUCGAGCUUCGGCUUCACAAACCUCUGUUGUUGAUCCUGUUUUAGCCCCCUCGAAUAAUGGAAUCCAUGAAUCUCGCACUAAAUCGAAUGAAGUAGCUUUGAUACUGAUCCGUCAUGGCGAGUCUUUAUGGAACGAGAAGAACCUUUUCACAGGUUGUGUCGAUGUGCCAUUAACCAAGAAGGGGGUGGAAGAGGCAAUUGAAGCUGGCAGGAGAAUCAGCAACAUACCUGUCGACAUGAUAUAUACAUCAGCUCUAAUCCGUGCACAAAUGACUGCCAUGCUAGCCAUGACUCAGCAUCGCCGCAAGAAGGUGUCAAUUAUCAUGCAUAAUGAGAGUGAGCAGGCAAAGGCAUGGAGUCAAAUAUACAGUGAAGAAACCAUAAAGCAAUCAGUUCCCGUUAUAACUGCUUGGCAAUUGAAUGAAAGAAUGUAUGGAGGAUUACAAGGCCUCAAUAAACAGGAAACCGCAGAGAGAUUCGGGAAGGAAAAGGUUCACGAGUGGCGCAGAAGUUACGAUAUACCUCCACCCAAUGGCGAGAGUUUGGAAAUGUGCGCCCAAAGAGCUGUUGCAUAUUUUAAAGAUAAUAUUGAACCCCAACUUCAAUCCGGAAAGAAUGUCAUGAUUGCUGCACAUGGGAAUUCAUUAAGGUCCAUCAUCAUGUACCUUGACAAAUUAACCUCGCAGGAGGUUAUCAGUUUAGAACUAUCAACAGGGAUACCUAUGCUUUACAUUUUCAAAGAGGAGAAUUUCAUUAGGAGGGGAAGUCCUGUAGCGCCAACAGAGACCGGAGUCUAUGCUUAUACCAGGGGGUUGGCUCAGUACAGGCAGAAAUUGGAUGAGAUGUUGAAUUGAAAUGUCCUAUGGAAUUGGAUUGGAGUUUUCCAGGAAUGGAUAUUCUCUUUUGAACAUUCAAAC